AUGGCUUUCUCGUCACUACCAGAAGACGAUUCCUUACGCUCCUCAAGCGUUGUCGUUGACAGCCCAGUCCCCCAACGGCGGAUCAAGCCCGAUCUUGAUUUCAUAGACAAGGACGACGAGGACGAACUCAGCAUUGUCUCCCAAUCGCCCUACUUCACCCAGCCUACUCAGAUCGUUUCACAACUGACAGUUAAACCGAGAGACGCCGCCAUCCCAUCUUCCCCAACCAAACCGAAGUUGUCCAACGAUGUCGGAAGCCCCAUCACGAGCCCCGCUAAACCAUACGUAUUACAAGAGGAUUGGGUGACGCUCCGAUCUUCCUCGCCAGAAUCCUUGAAGUCUAUCGGCCCUAAAGAUUCUCCCGCAAAGCCUGCCCCGGCACCUCCAGCACCGGCUCGCCGUCGCUUAGUUCAGGGUCGUCGGCGACGCAGCCCGUCGCCAGAAGCCUCUCCUGUCAAACAGACCGAGAAGCCCGCUCCCAAACUCAAGCAGACCAAGAUCAUCACACUCGUUAGCGACGACGAAGAUGACGACGACUAUGUUCAGAAAAAGUCGGUGCGCUCGCCGGAACCGCAGCCCGAACUUUCCCAACGGAACCCCGAAGAAGAUGCGUUCGAAGAGCGUGUCCUCAACUACCUCAAUACGUGCGACCCCAUUCAAUUGAUGGCCAUCGCCAACGUCAAAGAGGACGUCGCAAAGCACAUGCUUUCCUACCAGCCUUUCGACAGUGUGGCUGAUGCCGAGAGGGUAACAAUGGCAGCGAAGGCGACGAAGGCGAAGCGCAAGAAGUCGACUAGGGCUCCCGUUGGUGAGGAUAUCGUGGGCUCAAUCAAGGAGUAUACCAAGGCCUUGGAUGGCAUUGACCAUGUUAUUGCUGUGUGUGAGUCACAAGCAACCGCGAUCAAGGACGCUACUUCGAGAUGGAAGGUCGACCAGACCGGCCAGCCUCGGACUGUCAAGAACAAGGAUGGGACAAUUACGCCUCUCACCAUUGAGGGUGCGACUAAGCUGGUUGAUCUUCCUCUAAGCCAGCCGGAGCUCAUGAGCGGCUGCACGAUGAAGCCUUUCCAGCUGUAUGGACUUAACUGGCUCUACCUCUUGUACGAGAACCAGUAUGCGAGUAUUCUGGCUGAUGACAUGGGUCUGGGCAAGACUUGCCAGGUUAUCAGUUUGAUCUCAGCGAUUGUCGAGGAAUACGAGAAACAUGAGCAGGAUGAGGAUAGCAACCAACCCUGGCCAAACAUCAUUUUCGUCCCUCCCUCCACUCUCGCCAAUUGGGCUGCCGAGUUCAAGAGGUUCGCCCCGGACUUGAACGUGACCCUGUACCAGGGGUCACAAGCUGUUCGCGAUGAGAUUGCGGACAACAUUCUCGACGAUCCCGCCAGUCACCACGUCGUCUUGACGUCCUACUCCCAGGUCUCGCGCCCUGACGAUAUCUCAAAUUUGAGACGACUGAAGCCGAUGGUUGCCGUGUUCGAUGAGGGCCACAAGAUGAAGAACCCCAAGACAAAGCUGUACAAGGAUCUUCUGAAGAUUACCGCCACAUGGCGACUAAUCUUGUCUGGCACGCCCGUCCAAAACAACCUUAUGGAGAUGAUUUCCUUGCUUCAGUUCGUUGAACCAGAACUCUUCCGGGACCAUUUCGACGAUCUGGAGGCCCUUUUCAACCAGAAGUUUUCCUUGACGGCAGUCUCGCAAGGUGCACUACUCCACAGCGAACGAGUGGCGCGGGCUCGGACGAUCCUAGAGCCUUUCAUCCUCCAACGUCGCAAAGAGCAGGUGUUGAAAGACAUGCCUCCCAAGACGGCUAAAGUCGUCUACUGUGAGAUGGACGACGUACAGGCGUCAAUCUAUAAAGACUACGAACGUCGAUUUCGGAAGACCGAUGCCACUGGCGCCAGCAAUGUUGGUCGUGACAACGACAACAACAACGUCUGGAUUCAGCUCCGGAAAUCGGCCAUCCACCCGCAGUUGUUCAGGCGCUAUUUCAAUGAUAGGACGGUGGAAAAGAUGGCCGAUAUCUUGAUGAAGAGGGUCGACCAAUCGGAGCUUCGGCAGCCGAAAAUCGAACAUCUGAUUAAUGAGCUCAAGGCGCUUUCAGAUUUCGAGCUGCAUCUCUGGUGCAGAGACUACAAAUGCAUCAGAUCCUUCGAUCUUCCAGAUGGGUCUUGGAUGGAGAGUGCCAAGGUCCAGGCUCUACUGAAACUAAUCAAGCAGUACCAGAAGAACGGCGACCGAGCAUUGGUCUUCACACGCUUUGCCAAGGUGAUCGAGAUUCUGGGAGAAUGUCUUGCCUCGGAGAAGAUCGAGUAUCUUUCAUUACAAGGGAACACGGACGUUAGCGAACGUCAGGAGCUCAUCAACGAGUUCAACGCCGACGCCACCAUUCCUGUCUUCUUGCUUACGACAGGCUCGGGUGGCACAGGCAUCAACUUGACUGCUGCCAAUAAAGUCAUCAUAUUCGACCAGUCCGACAACCCGCAGGAUGACAUUCAAGCUGAGAACCGUGCUCAUCGUCUCGGCCAGACACGCCCUGUGGAGAUUAUUAGACUUAUCAGCAAGGAUACCGUCGAAGAGUUGGUUUACAAGGCCUGCCAGAAGAAGCUGGAGCUCGCGAACAAGGUGGUCGGCUGGUCUACCGUGGAAAUGUCCCAGAGUGAGAUGGAGGCCCAAGUCCGGGCUGCCAUUAUGAAUGGUGGCUCGGUUGCGACUCCUCCAUCCGAUUAG